ACAUGGCCAAAUUGUAUAAAUAGGACUGCGAAACCGUGUAGAAUCCAAGUUGCGCUGGAAAGCGCUUCGGCCGAUUAUACUCAGCCAUGCCAGAAUGCAAUUGAUUCUCUCCCGAUUGUUUACAUAUUUCACAAAACCAAUGUGUUGAUUUUCGUUAUAGUAUUCACAGUUGGAUGUUCGGACAUCAUCAGAAAUUGAAAGAUCUAACUUAGAGUGUUUGAUAUAAUCCAUCGCAGGAAGAAUGGCGACUCUACUCUAUAACGAUUCCAAAGCGCCGAUGCGAAAUGUCAGACGUGUGCAGUUUGGUGUUCUCAGCCCAGACGAAGUGAGGCGGAUGUCUGUGACAGAAGGUGGUAUCCGCUACUCUGAGGUAAUGGAAGCUGGCAAGCCCAAGCUCGGUGGAUUGAUGGACCCGAGACAAGGAGCCAUUGAUCGAACCUCAAGAUGUCAAACUUGUGCAUGUAACCAAACAGAUUGCCCAGGUCACUUUGGUCAUAUGGAGCUUGCCAAGCCUGUCUUUCAUAUUGGAUUCUUAACCAAAUCUAUCAAGGUUCUGAGAUGUGUCUGCUUCUUCUGCUCUAAGCUCUUGGUGGAUGCAAACCAUCCGAAGAUCAAGGAGGUCAUCAACAAGACAAAGGGUCAACCCAGGAAGCGCCUGUUGCAUGUCUACAAUGAAUGUAGGAAGAAGAAGAUGUGCGAAGGUGGGGAGGAGAUGGACCAAACCUUUGAUGCAAACCUCACCCAGAGGGAAGGGGAAGAGGUCCCAGAAAAGAAAGUGAGUCAUGGAGGUUGUGGUCGCUACCAGCCUCAGAUCCGCCGCAGCGGUCUAGACCUGACAGCAGAAUGGAAACACGUCAACGAAGAUUCCCAAGAAAAGAAGAUCGUCCUCACUGCCGAGCGGGUGCAUGAGAUCUUCAAGCGUAUUUCCGAUGAGGAGUCCAUAGCCCUUGGAAUGGACCCCAAGUACACCCGUCCCGAUUGGAUGAUCAUUACUGUGCUUCCUGUCCCUCCGCUCUGCGUUAGACCUGCCGUUGUCAUGUUUGGAUCAACAAGGAAUCAGGAUGAUCUGACCCACAAGUUGGCCGAUAUCAUGAAGAUUAACAACCAGCUGAAACGAAACGAACAGAAUGGAGCUGCGGCACACAUCAUUGCUGAGGAUACAAGGAUGUUACAGUUUCAUGUUGCCACAAUCAUUGACAAUGAACUUCCAGGGUUGCCAAGGGCUAUGCAAAAGUCUGGCAGACCUCUGAAAUCCAUCAAGCAGCGUUUAAAGGCCAAGGAAGGACGUAUCCGUGGUAACCUGAUGGGUAAGCGUGUCGACUUCUCUGCCCGUGCCGUUAUCACCCCGGAUCCAAAUCUCAUGAUUGAUCAGGUGGGUGUACCAAGGACCAUCGCCACCAACCUCACAUAUCCAGAGAUUGUUACGCCGUUCAACAUUGCCAAAUUACAAGAGUUGGUGUCAAGGGGUCACAACCAGUACCCGGGUGCCAAGUACAUCAUCAGAGACAAUGGAGAAAGGGUAGACCUUCGCUUCCAUCCUAAACCGAGUGAUCUACAUCUUCAGUGUGGAUAUAAGGUUGAGAGGCAUUUGCGUGAUGAUGAUGUGGUUAUCUUCAACCGUCAACCCACACUUCAUAAAAUGUCUAUGAUGGGUCACAGAGUCAAGGUCUUGACAUGGUCAACCUUCCGUCUCAAUCUUAGUGUAACCACGCCCUACAACGCUGACUUUGACGGAGACGAGAUGAACCUUCACGUUCCUCAGUCCAUGGAGACGAGAGCGGAGGUGACGGAGAUCAUCAUGGUACCUCGUAACAUGAUCACACCCCAGUCCAACAGGCCUGUCAUGGGUAUCGUACAGGACUCCUUGUGUGCCAUUAGGAAGUUUACCAAGAGGGAUGUCUUCAUCGACAAGCCCAAUGUGAUGAACCUUUUGCUCUUCCUGCCUAACUGGGAUGGUAAAAUCCCCAAGCCAGCCAUCCUGAAGCCCAAACCACUAUGGACAGGCAAGCAGCUUCUAACACUGGUCAUCCCAGACAAUGUCAAUUGUAUAAGAUUCCACAGCGCUCAUCCCGACGGAGAGAAUGGAGGUCCAUACCAGUGGCUGUCUCCAGGAGACACAAAGGUGUACAUUGUCAAUGGAGAGCUGAUCAGUGGCAUUGUGUGCAAGAAAACUGUUGGUGCCUCGGGAGGAUCACUGGGUCAUAUCAUUUUCAUGGAGAGGGGUCAUGAGAUUGCAAAGGAGUUCUACAGUGUUGUUCAGGUUCUCGUGAACAACUGGCUGCUCCUAGAAGGUCACUCUAUCGGUAUUGGUGAUUGUAUUGCCGAUGCCACCACCUACGAGGACAUCCAGAACACCAUCCGCAAAGCAAAGCAGGAUGUGAUUGAGGUCAUUGAGAAGGCUCAUAAUGAUGAACUUACCCCCACACCAGGAAACACACUCAGACAGACCUUUGAAAAUCAGGUGAACAGGCUGCUGAAUGAAGCUCGUGACAAGACUGGUGGCAGUGCUCAGAAGAGUUUGUCAGAGUUCAACAACUUCAAGACUAUGGUGGUGGCUGGUUCUAAAGGUUCCAAGAUCAAUAUCUCACAGGUUAUCGCCUGUGUGGGUCAGCAGAACGUUGAAGGUAAGCGAAUCCCCUUUGGUUUCCGCCAUCGCACGUUGCCUCAUUUCAUCAAAGAUGACUACGGUCCAGAGAGUAGAGGAUUUGUGGAGAACUCUUACCUUGCCGGUCUCACGCCGUCUGAGAUGUUCUUCCACGCCAUGGGAGGACGUGAGGGUCUCAUUGAUACUGCUGUCAAGACUGCCGAAACUGGUUACAUCCAGCGUCGUCUGAUCAAAGCUAUGGAGAGUGUAAUGGUACGCUACGAUGGUACGUGUAGAAACAGCAACGAUCAUCUUGUCCAGCUGAGGUAUGGUGAAGAUGGUCUCGAUGGUACUUCCGUAGAGUUCCAGAACCUGGCUUCACUCAAACCCUCUCACAAGGCAUUUGAAAAGAGGUUCAAAUUCGACUACAACAAUGAAAGGAUGCUAAGACGAUGUUUCAAUGAGAAGAUUGUAAAGGAUGUGGUAGCCAAUGCCCAUGUCCAUCUAGAGCUCGAGAAAGAGUACGAUCAGCUGAAGGAGGACAGAGAAAUCCUUAGAAAGAUCUUCCCCAAGGGAGAAAGCAAGGUGGCUCUUCCAUGCAACUUGGAUCGUAUGAUCUGGAAUGCACAACAGAUCUUCCAUAUCAACACAAGAUUGCCAUCUGAGCUUCAUCCAAUUCAUGUCAUAGAGGGUAUACGUGAUCUGAAGAGGAAGCUGAUGGUCGUGAAGGGUGAAGAUCGCAUCAGUAGGCAGGCCCAGGAGAAUGCCACCUUCCUCAUCAAUUCUCUCAUCCGCUCGACGCUCUGCUCUACGAGAGUGGCCCAGGAGUACAAGCUCUCUCCAGAGUCCUUUGAAUGGCUCCUGGGAGAAAUAGAGACCAGGUUCAACCAAUCCUUGGCCAUGCCAGGUGAGAUGGUAGGAGCCCUUGCUGCCCAAUCCCUGGGAGAACCUGCCACUCAGAUGACCCUCAACACCUUCCAUUUUGCUGGUGUGUCUGCCAAGAACGUAACCCUUGGUGUGCCGCGUCUGAAAGAAAUCAUCAACAUCUCCAAGAAGCCGAAGACUCCAUCCCUGACCUGCUUCUUGCUUGGCAAGGCUGCCAGGGAUGCAGAGAGAGCCAAGGACAUCCUGUGUCGUCUGGAGCACACGACUCUUCGCAAGGUGACAGCCAAUACAGCCAUCUACUACGACCCAGAGCCUCAGAGCACAGUCAUUGCCGAGGACCAAGAUUGGGUGAAUCUCUACUACAUGAUGCCUGACUUUGACACAACACGCAUCUCGCCCUGGCUGUUGAGGGUGGAGCUGGAUCGGAAGAGGAUGACUGAUCGCAAGCUUAGCAUGGAACAGAUUGCUGAGAAGAUCAACGCGGGUUUUGGCGACGAUCUCAACUGCAUCUUCAACGACGACAAUGCCGAGAAGCUAGUGCUCAGGAUACGUAUCAUGAAUAGCGAUGAAAACAAGUUCCAAGAUGAAGAGGAACAGGUUGACAAGAUGGAGGAUGAUGUGUUCUUGAGGUGCAUUGAAUCUAACAUGCUGACUGACAUGACACUGCAGGGCAUUGAACAGAUCGCAAAGGUAUACAUGCAUCUGCCUCAGGUUGCUAAUAAGAAGCGUAUCAUCAUAACGGAGGAAGGCGAGUUCAAACACAUAGCAGAAUGGAUCUUAGAAACUGAUGGUACGGCUAUGAUGAAGGUACUCAGUGACCCGGAAGUCGACCCUGUCAGGACAUUCUCCAAUGAUAUCUGUGAAAUAUUUCAGGUAUUGGGCAUUGAAGCUGUGCGUAAGUCAGUCGAGACUGAGAUGAACCACGUCAUUUCAUUCGACGGUUCCUAUGUAAACUAUCGUCAUUUGGCUCUGCUUUGUGAUGUCAUGACGGCAAGAGGUCAUCUUAUGGCUAUCACCCGUCAUGGAAUCAACAGACAGGACGUUGGCGCCCUCAUGAGGUGUUCCUUUGAAGAGACAGUGGACAUCCUGAACGAUGCCGCUGCUCACGGUGAGACGGAUUACCUGAAGGGCGUGAGCGAGAAUAUCAUGCUUGGCAAGCUAGCCGGGCUUGGUACGGGUUCAUUUGAUCUGCUGCUCGAUGCAGAGAAGUGUAAACAUGGCAUGGAGAUCCCCAUGGGAAUGGGAGCAGGACUAGUUGGUAUGCCUGGUAUGUUGUUCGGUGCUAUGGGUUCCCCGUCACAGAGUAUGUCGCCACAGAUGACACCGUGGAACCAAGGAUCUACCCCAGCCUAUGGCGCAAGUUGGUCACCAAUGGGGAGUGGUAUGACACCAGGAGGACCAGGAUUUAGUCCUGCCAGUUCAGACGUCACCGGGUUCAGUCCGGCUUACAGUCCAGCUUGGUCACCGCAACCCCAAUCCCCAGGCUCUCCAGCAGCCAGUCCUUACAUUCCAUCUCCAGCUGGACCUAUGUCACCAAGCUACUCCCCAGCUUCGCCAUCUUACCUCCCAGCGUCACCAGCAACCCCUCAGAGUCCUGGGUAUUCCCCUACAUCUCCAUCAUACUCACCAACUAGUCCCGGUUACUCACCAGCCAGUCCUAGCUACUCACCGACGAGUCCAAGUUAUUCACCGACUUCGCCAAGUUACUCCCCAACCUCGCCGAGCUAUAGCCCGACUAGUCCAAGCUAUAGUCCAACGAGUCCAAGCUAUUCACCAACCUCCCCCAGCUACUCUCCAACGAGCCCAAGCUACAGCCCGACCUCUCCAAGUUACUCUCCAACAAGUCCAAGCUAUAGUCCGACAAGUCCUAGCUAUUCGCCGACGAGUCCUUCAUACUCGCCCACGUCACCAAGCUACAGUCCAACGUCGCCUAGCUAUUCUCCGACCAGCCCGUCAUACUCCCCAACAUCUCCAAGUUACAGUCCUACAUCACCUAGCUAUUCACCAACAAGCCCCAGCUAUUCGCCAACUAGUCCCAGCUACUCCCCUAGUUCUCCCAAGUACUCUCCGACUAGCCCUUCGUACAGCCCAACCUCUCCUAGCUAUUCGCCCCAGUCACCCAGCUAUAGUCCAGGAUCACCCAGCUACUCCCCAUCUAGCCCCAAGUACUCACCUACCAGUCCCUCGUACAGUCCCACCUCGCCCAGUUACAGCCCAACGUCGCCCAACUACAGUCCCACCAGCCCGACCUACUCCCCAGCAAGCCCUAGCUACUCUCCCACGAGUCCCAAGUACUCGCCCUCCAGCCCCAAGUACUCUCCCACCAGCCCUUCCUACUCCCCGACAUCCCCCAAAUACAGCCCAGCAUCACCCACGUACUCCCCUACCAGUCCCAAGUACAGUCCUAGCUCCCCUACCUACUCCCCGACAAGCCCCAAGGGUUCUACAUACUCACCUACUUCACCCAGUUACUCUCCAACUUCUCCCUCUUAUAGUCCUACAAGCCCAGGUAUGGAUGAUGACGAUGAUGAAGAUUAGAUUCUACUUAAAUAGGAUGGUCCAACAUCUGCUAUUCAUGUUGCCUUUCGAUGUCAUAGCCUGUGCUUGAAAAUGGACAAUGCCAAUAGGCUUUUGAUGAAUAUUCUUGUUACAGUUGUUGAACUAUUAUAUUCUCUGAUUGUUUUCAUAUGCUUAAGAGCAAGAGAUAAAACUUUGCUGUUUUGUAAUUCUUGUUCUUCAAAACUUUCUGCUGUUACAGAAGAUAAUACUGAGAAGAAUAAGUUGAUUCAUUUUUCUUUAGAUGUGUGCUUUUAGGUAUUUUAUGAUCUUGAGAAAUGUUUUUGAAUCAGAAUGAUUAUAUUGUAAAUUGAUGGAAUCUAUUAAGCAUUUGAUGAUAUGCAUAUCAUAUUAUAAUGAUCGUGAUUUUUUAAAGAAAGAAUAAAUUAUUAAUUAUUAUGCAUAAAAUACAUAGAAAAUACCAAUGCCUGUGUUGUCAACUUGAUCUUUAAAAAAACCUAAAAUGCCUGUGUUAAUUGAACUUACAGUAAAGAAAAAAAAACUUACACUAGAAAUAAUCAUAUGUUAACUCCAUAACUCUUAGCCAUUUACUGUGUGAAACAAGUAUGUUUUACUGUAAAUUUGAGUGCUCUGACUGCAAGUUUAUAUCCUUAGGAAAAAAAAAAUUAUAUGCCUUGCUCACCAUGAUUUGUUUGCAUCUAUCAUUAAAGGAUGCUUGAAUAAAAAAAGAAAACAUUGACAUCUAUGAAAAAAAUAUAUUUAAUGGUUUUGUUAUGUAUGAAGGUAUACUCAUAAAUGUUCUAGUUUGAUUCAUGUGUUCAAGGCACUUGAUGAGGAAGACUCCCGAAAGAAUCCAUUGAAUAUGAAAAGACAUGAAAAGGACUUGCGAAAACAGAAGAGAUGUAAGAUGUACAAUAUAUAUAUUUUACUGUUCGCCUUGCAUAUUGGUAGAGUUUUUGCUACGCAUUUGAAUUUUUGUGGGUUCAUUCAUAUGUGAAAGUGAUUCUAAAAAACUUUACAAGUUAAUUCACACUUUGUAGGGAAUGCUUUUUCCUUGCUGUUGUCGAGCAAAAUCCCUACUCAGUGAGAAGUAUUGACGGGUGGGCAUGCUGUAGAAACCCAGGUUUCAAAGCUACAACUCGAGCCCUUAAUUGUGUGGCUACUGCAGUAAAUGGCAAUUCAAAAUUUGUAGAUAUGAAUAAUUUAUUGUUUAUGAUUGAUUGCCCUGUAAUUAUUGGAUCAAAUCUACUUUGUGGAAAAUUUGUAAUUUGUGAAAUGACCACCAUAUAAGUGAAAAUGACUGGGUGUUGCAAAUGUCCUUGGCCAUUCUCUAUCAAACUUGAUGUCAGUGUAACGAUUAUAUGUGAUUAUGUCUCAAAAUGGAAUUACCAUGGUCUUAUAUUGUAAGAUAUACGAGAGUGAUACAAGGGUGGUUUAUGAAACUGCUAUGUCAGAUUCAUAGGGACAUAUUAUUAAGUGUACGAAAGGGUCACGAGUGCCAUGUGAAGUUGUGUGUGAAGUCAUGCGUAAAAUUACGAACCGCUUUAAAAAAACAGCCCCCUGUAUUAAUGACUACAUUAUGUUCAUUAAGAUGCAUAGUUCUGUAUGUAGCCAUCUUAGAAACAAUCAUUUCAUUGUCAUAAUAUAAUGAGGUAUCCUGCCAUGUAAUUUUUUUUAAAUACCAUAUUAAAAUGCACAACUAUACAUUUAUGUGCAGCUUUGAAAAGCAGAGUACAAGAAUCAACAUUUGCAUGCACUACGAGCCAAUUAUUUUGCCAAAGAUCCACUCAAAUGAAGCCCACAUUUCAUGUUCGCAAAUUUGGCUGAUUCUAAAGUAAAUACUCUGAAGCUCUGAAAAUGCACUAAACUGGCACAGUUGUAUUUUGCAGCUUAGCUUUCCAUUUGGGCAUAAUUUAUCAAUUGAUUUUAAUGCUUCCAAUAAAGUCAUUUAUUAUUGUACAAGUUCAAGAAAAUCUUUUGGUGAAUAGCUACAUGUUAUUGUGUGGGUUUAUAUGACUUUGGGCCGACCAAUUCAAUUUUAAAACUUUUGUAUGACAUAGAAUGUUUGAGUUUCUAGUAUUGAGAAACAACAUUGAUACUAUAUUCACUUUUUUAUUGACCUUUUUAUGGUGACCAAUAUUACUUUUAACGAAUCAGUUUCAUUUUUAGCAUGAGUUUUGAUAAUAUGAGUUAUUCAACAUGUGUUGCCCAUUUUCCAUCCUUUGUUAUUGAGAGAUAUAUUUAAUUGAACAGAGCUCUCAACUUUCAAAAAGUGGGAAACUUUUCAUUUAAUUGCACAUUUAAACACUACUUGGCAUCAUGAUACUAAAAGCACACACUUAAUUCCAUCUUUCUGCUUUAUUUUUCCAGUAUUUCUCGUAACAGAAUAUGAAAGAAAUUAUAUAAAUGUCUGUGUACAUACUUCAUUUCUAUGAUAAAUGUUCCAGUACAGGAAUAACAAUUUUCAUAAAGAAUUGUACAGAAACAGCGAGCUAUGGUCAGUUGCAUUAUUUUCAUGUAAUGAAUAAACUAGAGGUAAUUUGUAAACCUUGAAA